AUGGGUAACACAAACGAAGGCCCCCAAGGCGACGCAACCCUUGAUUCUAGUGACAUGCCUUCGUCAUCACCAGGCAUGUCAGAGGAGGCUGUCAUGCUUCAGAAAAGGCUCAAUGAUGAAUUUCAGGGCAUGGUAGCUGAAAUGAUUGAUACCAAGGAGUUUGAAGCGGAAUCGGAUAUCGAACCGGAAGCCCAAAAGGCACUCGUACGAGCAGCAAACGAAAUUUGCUACACUCGCAAAUACUACGAUAUCUCAAAGGAUGAGAUCAUUUACUUCCCAAGCUUACUCAAAUCUAUCAGAAACAAUUCCCUAUUCGAGUUGGCUGGCAAAUAUUACGAGGACCCUUUUGAAGAGUUCCCGGAAGAAUAUUGCAUGGGAUUACGGAGAGUUUCCUUUGCAAGGAUGGCAAAAGAUGGCCACGACUACGAUGAUAGUGAUGGUGAAGAAGAGCACUUAGAUGAUCAGCUGAUGAUGCGUCUUUCUCAUCCAGUUGCUGCAGUGACGACCACUGCUUCCGAGACGACCACUGCUUCCGAGGAGAAUGAAAAUAAGAACACAGAAUCAUCAUCAUCAUCAUCCCAACCUACCGAAAAGCCAUUGGUUUGGAAGCGGAGUAGUGCCCCGGCAGCUGCAGUGACGAACACCGCUUCCGCAAAGGAGGGCACAUCCGAAAACAGAGCAAUAAGCCCUUUGAUUUGGAAACGAGGUGGUGCUCAGCCAGUGGAUUCUGCAACCACAGCUUCGCCUGCUGCUUUACCUAAAACACCUGAAAGUCCAUUGAUUUGGAAACGAGGCACUGUUCAGCCAGUUGAUUUGGCAACCACAGCUGCUGUACCUAAAACACCAGAAAGUCCUUUGAUUUGGAAACGAGGUACUGUUCAGCCAGUUGAUUUGACCACCACAGCUUCUGCGAAAAAGACGCCAUCAGAGACAACCCCAUUUCAACCAACUGGUCCGACUUUGACAUGGAAGCGGGGUAGUGCCAUAGCCGAUGCUGUCAUCUCGUCUCAAGUUGCUGAUACCUUUACGGUGGAAGAGACGAUGCCAUCCAAGAACCACUCGGUCUCGGAAGAUGAAGUUCAACAGAGAUUGGGAAUGAGACGUCAAGCAAGUUUCCUUCGAAAGGCAUCGAUUCUCGACUCGCUCGAGAAAUUUUACGAGCCGGAUCCCAUGUCCUCGGCCGCAAAAAAGAAAGCUGCAAACAAAGAAAGCGAAAUGCGGCUAGCGAAGAUUGACAAGGAACUAAAGAGUAUGAUCAAGGAAAUGCUGCAAUCGAGGGACUUUCAAGACGAGACUGACAUGGAACCUCUCGCACACAAGGCGCUCGUCAAGGCAGCCAAGGAAAUUUGCUACACUCGCAAGUACUAUGAUGUCUCGACGCACGAAGCCAUUUUCAUUCCUUCUAUUGUGAAAACGAUGAAAGACAACAGUCUAUUUGAAAAGGCAGAUGAAUAUUACGAGGAAGAAUACGAAGAGUUCCCAGAAGAAUAUUCCAUGGCUCUAAGGAAAGUUGCCUUUGCAAGGAUGGCUGCAGAAGGCCUGGAAUAUCAUGACAGUGAUGGCGAGGAGGAAGAAGUGGAGUUUGCUAUGAUGAUGCAACUGUCCCAGCCUGUGGAUCUGCCAGCGUCAAGCACUAGUGCCAGCAAGAAGAAGCAAAGCCAAACGAAGGUUCUAAAGGACACGAGAAUGGACGCCUCGGAAGAAACCUUUGUCUGGACACGGAGCAGCAGACAUUUGGAUGCUGAGGAUGCAGAGGAGAGCAUGGCAGCUGCUAUGAUGGCUGCAGUGCCUGAACAACAGCCGGCGCCGGCGAAAAAACAAGAACCUACGACAAAGAAACCAGCUGUCACGGAAGAAGAAGUGCAGCAGAGACUAGGAAUGCGGCGUCAAGCUAGCUUCCUUCGAAAGGCAGCAAUUCUAGAUUCAAUUGGCAAACAUGAGACAGAAGAAAGCUUGCCUCCCAUUGGUGAAUCCUCGGAUUCUGGAAAGAAGAAGAAAGGACUUCCAUCGAAACUGGUAGACAAGCGAUUAGAUGCGUCUGAAGAAACAUUUGUAUGGACGAGAAGUAGCAGAAAUAUGGAUGCUGAAGCAAGCAUGGCUGCUGCUGUGGCUGCCAUCCCUGAGCAACCUACGAAACCAGCCAGAAAAGAAGAAACCCCUGCAAAGAAACCAGCCUUCACUGAAGAAGAAGUCCAGCAGAGACUGAGCAUGCGGCGCCAAGCAAGCUUCCUUCGUAAAGCGGCGAUCUUGGACUCGAUCGGGAAAAAUGAAGGUGAGGAAAUGGUGUUGCCUUCGAUUGGCGAGUCAUCAACCAAAAAGAAGGCAGCGGGGCCAUCGACACUGGUGGAUAAACGAAUGGACACAUCUGAAGAAACAUUUGUAUGGGCAAGAAGCAGCAGAAGUCUGGAUGAUGCAAGCAUGUUAGCUGCUAUGGCUUCUGCCCCCGAGCAACCGACAAAACCAGCCAGGAAAGAAGAUGCUCCUGUAAAGAAGCCAGCUGUGACCGAAGAAGAAGUUCAACAGAGACUGAGCAUGCGGCGCCAAGCAAGCUUCCUUCGCAAGGCGGCGAUCUUGGACUCGAUCGGGAAAAAUGAAGGUGAGGAAAUGGUGUUGCCUUCGAUUGGCGAGUCAUCAACCAAAAAGAAGGCAGCGCGGCCAUCGACACUGGUGGAUAAACGAAUGGACACAUCUGAAGAAACAUUUGUAUGGGCAAGAAGCAGCAGAAGUCUGGAUGAUGCAAGCAUGUUAGCUGCUGUGGCUUCUGCCCCCGAGCAACCGACGAAACCAGCCAGAAAAGAAGAUGCCCCAGUAAAGAAACCAGCCGUCACUGAAGAAGAAGUCCAGCAAAGAUUGAGCAUGCGACGCCAAGCGAGCUUCCUUCGCAAGGCGGCAAUCUUGGACUCGAUCGGGAAAAAUGAAGGUGAGGAAAUGGUGUUGCCUUCGAUUGGCGAGUCAUCAACCAAAAAGAAGGCAGCGGGGCCAUCGACACUGGUGGAUAAGCGAAUGGCCGCAUCUGAAGAAACCAUUGUCUGGACGAGAAGCAGCAGAAACCUUGGCGCUGAUGCAAACAUUCAGUUCGAAGCUUUUGGUCCAGGACAGCAGCCCGCCUUUACCAAGAAGCAAGAUGCCCCAGUGAAUAAACCAGCUGUGACCGAAGAAGAAGUUCAACAGAGACUGAGUAUGCGGCGCCAAGCGAGCUUCCUUCGUAAGGCGGCAAUCUUGGAUUCGAUCGGGAAAAACGAAGGUGAGAAAAUGGUGUUGCCUUCGAUUGGCGAAUCAUCAACCAAAAAGAAGGCAGCCCGGCCAUCGACAUUGGUGGAUAAGCGAAUGGCCGCAUCUGAAGAAACCAUGGUCUGGACGAGAAGCAACCUGGGUGCUGAUGCAAGCAUUCAAUUCGAAGCGUUUGGACCGGGGCAACAACCUUCUUUUACCAAAGCACAGGAAGCACCGGUAAAAAAAACUGUUGUCACUGAGGAAGAUAUCAAGGAACGAUUGGGUCUUCGACGCCAAGCCAGUACCGUUCGAAAGGCAGCAAUUAUGGAUUCAAUUGGCAAAUGGGAGACCGACGAAGCAUCUUUGCCUGAAGUCCAGAAUGAUGAAGUCACCACCGAGACUGCUGCUUCGGACGAGUCAAGCCCUAGUUCCUCUAAUAAAGGAACUGCACCAGAGGUAAGCACAUCGCCUCUUUCAGAAGCUGCCAAGCGCCAAGACAUGAUUGACACUGAACUGAAUGGAAUAAUUGAAGAAAUGAUGAAAUCUGAUGACUUUGAGGAAGAAGCCGAAAUGGAGAAAGAGUCCUACGAUGCCAUCAUGAAAGCGGCCAAGGAAAUAUGCUACACGAGAAAGUACUACGAUGUCUCGUCGGACAAGAUCAUCUUUUUUCCCAGCCUCACCAAGACAAUUGUCCAGUACGAUCUAUUUGAGAAGGCAUCAGAGUAUUAUUAUGAAGAAGACGAUGAGUUUCCAACAGAGUACACGAUGGGAAUACGCCAAGUCGCUUUUGAUCGCAUAGAAGCGGAAGGAGGCGACGAUGAUGAUGACGAAAUGGACGAUGAUAUGAUGGAGCGUCUGUCGAUGCCAGUGCAGCUGACGGACGACGAACCAGGUGCGUUGAAAGAAGCCGCUGCUACCGCAGAUACAAAGGAAGAUAGCGAGGAUAAUGAGAAGGAGAACGAGAGAGCAUUAGCGAAUGCCGAGGAAUCUGGAGAUGACGAUGGCAACGACCAAGUCAUCGAUCCUACUGAUCAGAUGCGUUCAACCAAACCUCUGUCGGAAGCUGCAAAGCGCCGAGACAUGAUUGAUACUGAAUUGAAUGGAAUGAUUGAAGAAAUGAUGAAGUCUGAAGACUUUGAAGAGGAAGAUGAAAUGGAGAAAGAGUCCUACGAUGCCAUCAUGAAAGCUGCCAAAGAAAUAUGCUACACGAGAAAGUACUACGAUGUCUCGUCGGACAAGAUCAUAUUCUUUCCUAGCCUCACCAAGACAAUUGUCCAAUACGAUCUCUUUGAGAAGGCAACAGAGUAUUAUUAUGAAGAAGGAGACGAGUUUCCAUCAGAGUACACCAUGGGAAUACGCCAAGUUGCUUUUGAUCGAAUAGAAGCCGAUAAAGGCGACGAUGAUGACGACGAAAUUGACGAUGAUAUAAUGGAGCGUCUGUCGAUUCCAGUGCAGCUGACGGAAGAUGAACCAGACUCGCUGAAAGAAGCUGUAACUGCUGCUACCGCAGAUACAAAGCAAGAUAGCGAGGACAGUGGAGAUGAUCAGAAGGAGAACGAGGCAGCAUUAGCGAAUGCCGAGGAAUCUGGAGAUGACGAUGGCAACGACCAAGACAUCGAUCCUACUGAUCAGAAGCGUUCGACCAAGCCUCUGUCGGAGGCUGCAAAGCGCCAAGACAUGAUUGACACUGAACUUAAUGGAAUGAUUGAAGAAAUGAUGAAGUCUGAAGACUUUGAAGAGGAACCCGAAAUGGAGAAAGAGUCCUAUGACGCCAUCAUGAAAGCGGCCAAAGAAAUAUGCUACACGAGAAAGUACUACGAUGUCUCGUCGGACAAGAUCAUCUUUUUUCCCAGCCUCACCAAGACAAUUGUCCAGUACGAUCUAUUUGAGAAGGCAACAGAGUAUUAUUAUGACGAAGGAGAUGAGUUUCCAUCAGAGUACACCAUGGGAAUACGCCAAGUUGCUUUUGAUCGAAUAGAAGCUGAAGGAGGCGACGACGAUGAUGACGAAAUGGACGAUGAUAUGAUGGAGCGAAUGUCAAUGCCAGUGCAGGUGACGGAAGAUGAGCCAGAUGCAUUGCAGGAGGCAGCAGCAGCUGAAGAAGCAAAGGCCGAUGAAGGGGAACCUACCACCGAAUCAGUUGAAGCUACCACAACCGUGUUGCCAGAAGAGGAAGAAGACAAGGAGAACCAAGAAGACAACAUUUGGGACUACGAAUUCAAGGCGGUGGAAUCCCAAUCGACGAGGGCACCUCCCCCACCAAAGUCGACGAGAUCCCUUCCGGAACCACGAUCUCCUUUCACGUUGCUGCCGCCGCGAAAUGCAGUGGAAGUUGGAAAAAAUCUUGCAAAGGCGGCGAUCAGUGUGGUCGUCUUCGUAGUCAUGGACGCAGUGGGCCUCUUUCUCAAAAUGAUUUUCUUCCCCAAUGGCAUGUUCUGA